CUAUUUUGAAAAUCCAAAACGGAAGCUGCUUUAAGAGGAGCUUCCGGUAAUGUUUGUCAUCAAAGAAACGAGAUGAAAUCUGCUGUAAAUCCUGCAGUUAGGACAUCAUCAUGAAGCUGCGGGUUCGGAUCAACCGGCAGACAAGCAGGGUGGAGUUACCAGGAGAAGAGCCCACUUUGCAAGAACUCUCCGAUCUCAUCAAGCAGACACUGCUGUCCUGCAAUGGACUCGGUGUCGACACAGAGUUCAGUUUGUCUCUGAACGGCUCAGAGCUCCUCUCAGAAUCUGGUCAGACUCUAUCAGCCUGUGGAGUCGUUUCUGGGGAUCUGAUCAGUGUCCUUCUGCCGCAGCCUCCACCAGCCGCCAUGGCAAACUCAGAAAAGACCACAAACACUAAAACAAACAGCCAGCAGGCCAUCAGCGGGACCACUAGCCAGCCUCAGAGCAGCAGCAGCACUUCAGCAGCGCUGACAGAGCCCCUGCAGACCUGUGACAUGAAGGACUUUGAAACAACAACACCCGUCUGGGAGCCCAUGCUGUGCAGCGAGGCAGAGGAUGGUGAGGCUCCUCUCUCGCUGGAGCUCCUCUACCACACGGCCCAGAUUGCCAGCCCCAAUGACGCCAUCAUGGUGGCUGCACAUCUUCUCAUGCUGGAGACCGGGUUCACUCCUCAGGCCAGCGAGCUGAAGCCUGGGGAGAUGCCUGCAGGAUGGAGGUGUGCAGGAGGAGUUUACAGGCUGCAGUAUGCUCAUCCUUUAUGUGGAGAUAGUCUGGUGUCUGUGGUGGCUGUGGGCAUGGGCCCGCUGCUGGUCAUUAAUGUUAUUCUGAAAGUGACUGAAACCACCAACUCAGCUCGGAAGCUGGAGCUGAACCCGUCUAGCUACGUGACUCACGAGUGGCCAGGAGAAAACGCAGCUACAGCCUUCAAGGAUCUGAAGAAACUUUCCCGAAUCUUCAAAGACCAGCUGGCGUAUCCGUUGAUCGCUGCAGCAAGAGAAGCGAUGGCGCUGCCAGUGGUGUUCGGUCUGCAAGCUCUUCCUCCCGAGCUCCUCCUCCGGGUCCUCCGGCUGCUGGAUGUCCGCUCUGUGGUGAGACUGUCAGCGGUCAGCUGGCACUUCAACGCUGCCGCGUCGGACUCCACCCUCUGGAAACACCUUUACCUCCGGGACUUCUCAAAACCAGAUUGCAGCAGAUCCAGAGACACAGACUGGAAACAGCUUUAUAAAAGGUCCCAAAAGAUGCGCUCGGAGCUCCGACAUCCCGUUCGUCCCUACUCCCUGCCGCCCUUCCCUCUACGUGACAUCAUCACCCCAGUGCCCCGCCCCCUAUUCCCUCCACUGCCAGGGAUCAUCGGAGGCGAAUACGACCAGAGACCGAACUUCCCUGGCAACCUGCUGCCCCGCCCUCGCUACGACCCCAUCGGCCCACUCCUGGAUCCCGCCGCGGGACGACGUCAUUUGGAUAUGCGCAGACCAACAGGAGGAAGACCGUCAGAUGUCCGAAGAGGAUUCAUCUGAGUGUUGAUUGCAGAAUUGGAACAAUUAAAAAAAAAAGCGGGAGUUAAACAGCAAAAGAGUUUAUUGAAGAGGAAAUCUUUAUUUGUCAUUGCAAUUGUACAUUCCAAUGAAAUUUGUCUUCUGCAUUUAAACCAUCCCUUAGGGAGCAGUGGGCAGCUAUCACAGCUUCCAGGGAGCAAUCUGGGGCUGAGGCUCUUGUUCAGGGACCCACGGUGGCAGUCUGUGGGGAUCGAACCGGCUACUUUCAACCCUCCUGAUCCUAGUGGUUAGUGCGCUGCUCUAAAAACUAGGCCACCACCGCCCCAGAACCUUGAAGUCUCUGGUUCUGGAGUUACAAAAAUAUGACUUGGCAUAAUUUAAAAUGGAUUUCUGAACAAAGCAACUCUCCUUGCAACCUAGAGGUUUGAAGAGAGACAACCUAAAUCUCUAAUUAAAUGUCCAUAAAUUAGAGGAUUUUUUUUUUUACUUAAAAUAAUAAAAUUGAAAAUUAAUCUACGUGGAAGAUGUUAUCCACGUUUUCAACCUUUAUACAUCCUUCAGACGACAGACAACAGAAACUUGGCAGGUGUCUCAAGGUGUGUUCGCAGCUUCAGUUAAACUUCGUAAAUGGAAUCAAAACAUGUUUUUAUGGCAGAUUCAUGGGAAGCAAAGACUAUUUUGCCACUGAAAACUAAAAGCUUUAAGUUAUUUUUGUAUUCAGGCUUCUUUGGGGCAAGGCUUUUGCUUAUGAAGGAUCACCUCAGAGAUGACUUGUCGAGGUUUAACAGCUUUAAUAAAAUGGAUCAAUCCAGAAAAACGCUGCCUUCUAAAUAAAAUAAAUCAGUUUAAAAGAAA